CUUCACCCUCUCUCUCUUCAUAACAUUUCUCACCAAAAUCAAAUCUCUCUCUCCCUCUCUUUCUCUCUCUUUUCUCUUAUAGUCAUGGGAGCAUUUCCUUGUUUCGAACCAAUCACAAAAUGCAGCAGCGCCAAAGACAGAUCAAACCAAACCGUUGCCUCAGACUUAGACGGCACGCUUCUCGUGUCGCGAAGCGCUUUCCCUUACUACAUGCUCAUAGCCCUCGAAGCCGGUUCAAUUCUGCGAGCGCUGAUCCUCCUCACCUCCGUCCCUUUUGUCUACUUCACGUACCUCUUUGUCUCUGAAACCAUCGCCAUCAAGACGCUGAUCUUCAUCGCCUUCGCCGGGCUGAAGGUUAAGGACAUCGAGAUCGUGUCCAGGUCCGUGCUGCCGCGGUUCUACGCUGACGACGUGCACCCGGAGGCGUGGCGGGUGUUCAGCUCGUGUGGGAAGCGGUACAUUGUCACGGCCAGCCCAAGGUUGAUGGUGGAGCCGUUCGUGAAGACGUUUCUUGGGGCGGAUACGGUGAUCGGGACCGAGCUCGAGACGACGAAAUCCGGGAGGGCGACCGGGUUCGUUACGGCGCGUGGAGUGCUUGUUGGUGAGCACAAGAAAGCAGCACUUGUCAAGGAAUUUGGUCCUGACUUGCCUGAUUUGGGACUGGGAGACAGUCUUAGUGACCAUGACUUCAUGUCACUUUGCAAGGAAGGAUACAUGGUGCCACGGAACAAGUGUGAGCCACUACCAAGAAACAAGCUUCUAAGUCCAAUUAUUUUCCAUGAGGGUCGAUUAGUUCAGAGACCAACCCCUCUAGUUUCCCUCUUAACCUUCCUAUGGAUCCCAAUUGGCAUUGUGCUCUCCAUCCUAAGGGUCUACCUCAACAUCCCUUUACCUGAAAGACUUGCUUGGUACAACUACAAGCUUCUUGGAAUCAGGGUCAUAAGGAAAGGUACCCCUCCACCACCACCAAAGAAUGGACAAAGUGGAGUGCUAUUUAUUUGCAAUCACCGCACAGUUUUAGACCCUGUGGUCACAGCAGUUGCACUAGGAAGAAAAAUCAGCUGUGUCACAUACAGCAUAAGCAAAUUCACUGAGAUAAUCUCACCAAUCAAAGCUGUGGCGCUCUCGAGGGAAAGAGAGAAAGAUGCAGCCAACAUCAAGCGAUUACUCGAGGAAGGGGACUUGGUGAUUUGCCCUGAAGGCACCACUUGCAGGGAGCCAUUUCUUCUGAGGUUCAGUGCUCUCUUUGCUGAGUUAACAGACAGAAUUGUCCCUGUCGCCAUCAAUACAAAGCAAAGUGUGUUUUAUGGGACCUCAGUUCGCGGCUACAAACUACUGGACCCUUAUUUCGUGUUCAUGAAUCCCAUGCCAACAUAUGAGAUCACUUUCUUGAACCAGUUGCCCACUGAGCUCACCUGCAAGGGAGGGAAAUCCGCAAUUGAAGUCGCGAAUUACAUUCAAAGGGUUCUCUCGGGUGCUCUUGGGUUUGAGUGCACCAAUUUGACAAGGAAGGACAAGUAUGCUAUGCUUGCAGGAACAGAUGGAACAGUUCCACAAAAGAAGGCUUGAAAUAGAGAGGGACAAAGUAAAUCCCUUUGGUUUCCACCAGGUGUUUUCAAAAUGGUAAGAAUUAUCAGAGUAAUAAAAAAAGGAUUGUGUUUAUGCUCAUAAAAAUAACACUUUAUGUAUAUUGUUAUUCUGAUAAAUACAAAUUACAGUAAGUCAUGCAAUCUAUUUUCAA